AUGAAGCACCUCGCCGCUUACCUGCUCAUCGCCCUUGCCGGCAACGAGUCCCCCUCGGCCGCCGAUGUCAAGGCUGUUCUGUCCUCCGUCGGCAUCGACGCUGACUCUGAGCGCCUCGACAAGCUCAUCGCUGAGCUCCAGGGCAAGGACCUCCAGGAGCUGAUCGCUGAGGGUUCCACCAAGCUCGCUUCCGUUCCCUCCGGUGGCGCUGGUGGUGCUGCCCCUGCCGCCGCUGCUGCUGGUGGCGCUGCUGCCCCUGCCGAGGAGAAGAAGGAGGAGAAGGAGGAGGAGGAGUCCGACGAGGACAUGGGCUUCGGUCUCUUCGACUAA